AUGACGACGCCCGUGGACGCCUUUCUGCCAACAAUCGACAUUAGUCGAUACACGGUCCCCAAAUCGCCAGAGGACAAGAGCCAGCUUAUCCUCGAUGUCCGCGACGCGUGCCUCCGACACGGCUUCCUGCAGAUCAGGAACCACGGGGUCCCUCUGAGCACGCAAAAUGCCAUGUUGCAGAGCACAAGAAAUUUGUUUCAUCUUCCACGGGAGCAGAAAAUCGCCAUGUCGUUGAAGAAGCGCACCUGCCAUCGUGGGUACGAAGGGUCCGGGGACCAGCUGCAACAUGAGGACAUUUUACCGGAUUCAAAGGAGGGUUUCUACAUCGGACCCGAGGAGCCAGGGGUGGAGACCUCAUUUAUCCACGGACCCAACGUAUGGCCCGAGCUUCCCGAGGAGGUAUUCCAUGGCCCCGUCUGGAAAUACUACGGUGAGAUGCUCCGACUGGGUCGCAUUCUGUGGGAGAUACUGGUUCAAGGCCUGGGUCACCCCUUCGGGGCAGGCCCCCAUACCGACUUUGGGGGCGUUACUUGUCUACUUCAACAGCCCGGCAAGGAUGGCCUGGAGGUAUGGCAUGCGGCGAAAGAGGAGUGGGUCGCGAUUCCGGCGCAGGAAGACGUCUACGUGGUGAACCUGGGGGAUAUGAUCCAGAAGUGGACCGGUGGGGAAUACAAAAGCACGCGGCAUCGAGUCAUCAACAAGGGGGGUGGGGAGCGGCUGUCCGUCGCCACGUUCUGGCACGGAGAUCUAGAUGCCACGAGCCCGUUGAAUCCAGACACACCGAGCAACGAGACGGUGGAGCAGUAUAUUAUCAACCGAUUUUCCCACCAGUUCAGACUACCUUCGUCAGAGGCGACAGGGGUCCACUGA